UCCCAAACCUUUAAAAUGUGUGGGAUGGAAACACUAUGCUUAUGCAUAGUGUUAUGAGUCUUAUAUCCUUGAUUUUCACUAUUCAUAAGGAAUUUUCCCUACAUCCCUUCCCUUUGUUUGCUCUAUGCUAUUUGCUAAGCCACCCAAGGUUCAAACCUUGAUUCAAGCAUUUUCCCAAAUUCCUUUUCCUUUCUUUAUUUUUCCUUCUUUAUUUCCUGCUUUCUUAAUUUACUGGCGGUUCUCUUUUCUUUCUGUUUCUUCCUUCCAUUUUUCUCUCCUCUGUUUCCCCUUUUGCCUCACCUUCUCCGCCUGUGUCUCCUUCUUCGCUUUGCUCCCUUUGAUCCAGCUUGUUGCUUCUUCGCAGUUCGUCUUAUCUUGUGCGGCGGCGCUAUUCUUCUACGACGAUCGGAACUCUUCCAGCCUGUGGGAAGCAUUGAAUUCAUUACCUGACGCAAUUGAAUUGGUUAGUUAGGCAAACCUUCAUUCCUAGAUGAUCAUUCGAUUGGUAAAUAGUUCAUUGCUUCCCACAUGCUUGAAAUCUUUCCGCCUUUGGUUACUGGUUAGGAUGGUGGUUUGAUUAACAACUUGAUAGGUUGUUAACAGGCAGGACAGGUGUUGCAAGCAUCAUUGCUCGGUUUGGUUCCGAGUGUUUCCGGCUAUCCUUGCUUUGCCUCUUGAGUGCGUUAGAUUAAACAGCUGAUGGUUUGUGCAGGGAACUGAACAUUUGGAAAUAGGUAGCGUGCCAACUUAUGUGAUGAAUCAAUUCUUGAGUAGUUCGUAUGUAAGCCGUCCAAGAUGCAGCAAGCGCAUGAGGAGUGUGCAGGCCAUGGCUGAGCCUACAGGUUCAUGCAGGUAAUGGUAUAUAACAAAGCCAUGUUCCAUAGUUACUUUGCAUGUUUAUAAACAGGCUUAUUCGUUGUUUUACAGUGAGUUGCCUGAGGUUAGAACACAACCACCCAAGAAACCGAGGGCAAAGAAUACUAGGCCAAAACCACCAAGUACUUUUAAACAUGUCCUUAAAUCAUCUUAAUUAUUAACACCUGGUUAAAUAUCCAUCGCUAAUAUGUAUACCCUGUGAACCAGAGGUGCCUGCUGCAGUGAUUGGACAGCCAUUACCGGCUGCACCUCUUGCACUAUCUCCACCUGAAUAUUGCCCAAAAUGUUCUGCAAAGAAGUUCCAAUUUGAGUCGCUGCACUUUUGUUGCGGCAAUGGAGAAAUUAAACUAGCUUCCAAUGCAUACCCAGAUGAGCUUGUAAAGCUAUUUGAUUCCCGAGACAGUGAUGCUGUGCAUUUCAGAACAUAUGCACGGCUUUACAAUAAUCUAUUUGCUUUUAGCUCCCUUGGGGGGGACUUAAGUUCGAAGACCGAAAAAGGCAUAUAUGUAUUUAAGCUACAUGGGCAAAUAUAUCACUAUCUCCCUAAUUUGCUUCCCACUAAUGACAACCCUAAAUAUUUGCAACUAUACUUUUAUGAUGGCCAACACGAGGCUGAAAAUCGGGUAGGCUGUUUCCCAGAAUUAAAGCCAGAAAUUAUCGCUAUCCUAAUGAAUGUCAUGCAAAGAAACCCAUAUGCUAGAUUUUUUAGAUCCUUACAAGAAAUGGAGGUCCAUGAAGAUACCCAGAUUUUACUUAACAAAAACACUGUGCUAAAUCAGAAUGUCUAUAACGCUCCUACAUCCGAUGAAGUUGCAGUCAUUUGGUCUGAAAGCACAUCUUCCAGUACAAGUAGAAGUCCACAUAUAUUGGUUUCCGGAAAAUCAAACAGUUCCCAUAGAAUAAUGCAUUAUUAUGGUUGUUAUGAUGCACUUCAGUAUCCGCUCUUAUUCCCAUUUGGAGAUUGUGGAUGGCAUCAAGGGCUUAAAAAGAUGUCAACGGGUGGGCAACAACAGCUUGCCACUCAUCAGGAUCCUGUCUUAUCGUGUGCUGUCCACACUGUUGAAGACUUCUUGGCUCAAGAAGAUAACCUUGCUCAUCAAGGUCGGGAAGGAUCAGCUAAGCAUAUCUCUUGCAGAGAGUAUUAUGCUUAUAAGCUUCAGAUACGCCCUUGUAACAUGCUGCUAAGGGCAGGGAGGUGCUUCCAACAGUACAUUGUUGACAUGUACGUGAAGAUUGAAAACACUCGCUUGGACUUUUUCCGAAAGAACCAGCAAACUAUCAGGGCAGAUUUGUACCAAGGUAUACUCGACACUGUCGAGAGCGGUGAAAACAGUGCAGCUAAUGUGGGGCAUCGAGUUGUGUUACCACCAAGUUUUCUGGGGGGGCCUAGGGAUAUGAAAAAGAGGUAUUUGAAUGCGAUGUCCUUAGUUAAGAAGUAUGGGAAGCCUGAUUUGUUCCUUACAAUGACGUGCAAUCCUAAUUGGCCAGAGAUUAAACAAGAGUUGGCUGUCGGAGAGGAGGCACAAAACCGGCCAGAUUUAGUUUCAAGGAUUUUCCGUGCUAAACUGAUAGCGCUAAAACACCAUAUCAUGAAAAAAAAAAUAUUUGGUGAAGUUGCUGCUAUGAUAUAUGUUGUUGAGUUCCAGAAACGGGGGUUGCCGCACGCUCAUUUCCUUGUUAUCCUUAAACCCAAUUCUAAGAUUAGAAGCCCUGCUGACUUUGAUAAGUUUGUUUCUGCUGAGAUCCCUCCUCUUGCCAACCCUCACUUGAGGAAGAUUGUUCUUCAACACAUGAUGCAUGGCCCAUGUGGACAACUGAACCCUGAUUGUGCGUGCAUGAAACGGAAAGGUAAUGAGGGGCACUGCAAGUAUGGAUAUCCGAAAAAAUUUGCUGCCGAGACAACUAAUAGCAGCGAUGGAUACCCACUUUAUAAAAGGAUAGAUACUGGAGAAAGUGUUUGUAUUCGCAGGGUUAAUAUGGAUAACAGGUCAGUUAUUCCGUAUAACCCGUACCUAUCAUCACUUUUUGAUUGCCACUUAAACGUUGAGGUUUGUUCGACCAUAAUGGCAGUCAAAUACCUGUACAAAUAUGUGUACAAGGGCCAUGACAGGAUCUCAUUCAACGUGCAGGAUGGUAGCACUGCUAUUGUUGAUGAGAUACAACAGUACCAGGCUGGGAGGUGGGUUUCCCCGUGUGAGGCAGCAUGGAGAAUUUUCGGGUUCGAUCUGUUUGAGAUGUUUCCAUCGGUGUUGCCUCUGCAAAUACAUCUGCCUAACUUGCAGACAAUCCAGGUAAUGCCUCAUGAGAAUUUAGACGAGAUCAUUUUAAAUGAUAAAAGAUCUCGAACUCAACUUACAGAAUUCUUUAGGAUGAAUGCUGCCACACCUGAUGGAACGGGCUAUACAUAUGCAGAAUUUCCAGAGCAUUAUAAGUGGGAGGGUAAAGAAUGGAAAAAAAGAAGCAACAAGACCGUUGUUGUUGGCAGGCUCACUUUUGUAGCACCUGCUGAAGGGGAACGUUACUUCCUCAGAUUAUUACUGAUGCAUGUGGAUAGCCCGCGAUCCUUUGAUCAUCUCCGAACUGUUGAUGGAUAUAAGUGUGCCACUUUUCAGGAGACAGCUCUGCGGCUGAAAUUGCUAGAGGAAGACAACGCUGUCGACUUGUGCUUAGCUGAAGCGUGUGAAGUGCAAAUGCCGACUGCAUUCCGACAGCUCUUUUCAACAGUGCUGAUCUUCUGCCAGCCAAGUGACCCCAAUGCCCUUUGGUUAAAAUACUACGACGCUCUCUCUGAAGAUUAUAGGCACCAGUAUCCGAGUUCUGAUAGCAGGUCAAGGGAGCUCACUGUUAGAUCUGUUGAGCAAUCUCUUGAAGCAAUGGGGAAAUCAUUUAGAGACUUUGGCCUACAACAUUUAAAUGAUUUUCAAGAUGAAGAGUUCAGGCGAACAAAAGACAUUAUCGAUGCACUUGAUGCACCGAUACCUCGGGACUGUAUUGAUGCCCGUAACACAUUAAACCAAGCACAGCAGGAGGCAUUUGACAGCAUUAUUGACCACGUUCUUAAAGGGAAACCUGGUGCAUUCUUCAUAGACGGGCCCGGAGGAACAGGUAAAACCUUCCUAUACAAUGCUCUCUAUGCAGAGGUUCGUUUGAUGAACAAGAUUGUCCUACCAACUGCGACAUCUGGAAUUGCAGCAUCAAAUAUACCUUCUGGGAGGACUGCUCACUCUCGGUUUAAAAUACCGAUAGAUUCUGAUGCUUCCCUUGCUUGCGAUGUUCCUAAACAGGGCAGUCUUGCAUGUUUACUAAAAGAGACAUCGUUGAUUAUUUGGGACGAAGCUUCAAUGGCAAGGAAAGAAAAUGUUGAGUCAUUAGACAUGCUUCUACGAGACUUGUGUGAUGAGAAUACCCUUUUUGGUGGCAAGCUUGUGGUUUUUGGUGGCGACUUCCGUCAGGUCCUGCCCGUCCUACCCCGCAAAACACAGCGAGAAGCUGUUGCUGCUAGCUUAGUGAGUUCUGUUCUUUGGCCUCGGUUCAUUAGGUUCAAUCUCACUGAAAAUGUUCGGGCAAGAGAAGAUCCCUACUUUUCUGCGUUUUUGCUUUCUCUUGGAAAUGGUGAGCUGCAAACCGGCGAGAAUGACCUUGUGCAAUUGCCAAUGCAGAUAGUACACCCAUCUGAGGUCGCUUCUGAUCCUAUUGCCGAACUUACUGCAAUUGCAUUUCCCGAGGUAGAUGUUUGCAGGUCCACCCCAGGCAAUUUCACAACAACGGCUAUACUGACCCCCCUGAAUGAAGAUGUUGAUGAUAUCAAUGCUACCCUGAUAGACAAAUUCCCUGGAGAAUCUGUUAUGUACAGGAGUUUUGAUACAGUUCUUGAUGAUAAUAGCGCGAUCUAUCCUCCUGAAUUUAUACACACCCUCUGCCCAGGUGGAAUGAGCCCAUACAAGCUCGUCUUGAAGAAAAAUUGUCCAGUUCUUCUGCUUCGCAAUAUCCUGCCUUCGUCUGGCCUGUGCAAUGGGACACGUAUGAUAUGCAAGAAUUUCUACCCGAAUCUGAUUGAAUGCAUGAUCACGACUGGGCAGCACAGCGGAAGCCAUGUUUUUAUACCCCGAAUUAGGCUUCGGCCGUCUGCAUCUUCCAAUUAUCCUUUCCAAUUUCAGAGGAAACAAUUCCCUAUAAAACUAAGCUUUGCAAUGACGAUAAACAAGUCACAAGGGCAAACACUAAGCCAAGUCUCCAUCUAUCUUCCCCAGCCGUGUUUCUCCCAUGGUCAGCUUUAUGUGGCAUUGUCUCGUGCUAGAAAAGCAUGUAACGUCAAAGUUGUUUCAAAACAAUCUCCGGGACACCAACCUGAGCACCAUGUUAGAAAUGUCAUCUCUUAUGAUGUGCUCAGAUUAGCCGGUAUCAUAUGAUAUACAGUUGUUGCUCCUUUUUGUGCCUUUUGGUUUGUGCUGCAAAUAUGCCCGUGAAAAACAGCCCACCUGUGUAGAAAAUCAUGCAAGCACAUGCAUUCUAAUGUCAUCUGCAGGUUCCUGUUGCAGAGGAAAUGAUAAAUAAGAUCAAGAAAUUUUUGGUGUUCAUAUAUGCCAAGUGAGGGCUCUGAUAGCUCAUACAACCUCAUAUUAUUCUUUCUACUGUCGUUGCUUGCAGGUAUGAGCGAGGUUCAUGACGUAUCCCCUCAUUUUGCCCACAGUUCCAAUGGUGUAUGCAUAAUUUAGUGCGAUCAAGUUGUAAGAAUAGACUGCUGAAUUUGGUUUUGAGAUUUGUGUUCUAAACUGUUAUAAUGUCGUGAACAUGCAUUUGUUUCUGUAUAGUAAGCAUCCUAUUAAAUGUAGCCGUUCUCUUGGUCAAUCUUCAAAAGGUUAACCACCAAUUUUAGCAAGUUUCCUAAUCGAGCCGGUUUUGUAUCACCACUUUUACCCACUUCCCUACUCGAGUAUUCCUAAUUAAGGCGUUUUUUCCCCUGUCAACUUAGCUUGAGAAUAUCACUUUAGACGCUUGCAACUUAUCUAUUACUAACUUCUUUUGAAAUAUACACUCGGAAACUGGUUAUACGAAUGUAACCAUCAUGGUUCUACAGAUGUUGCUCACCGUAAUAUAGGAUGUUCCGUAACCCUUUAAAUAAAAAAUCUCGCAGAAAUCUAUGAAGCACUAAACUUUCAUCAUGAUAUUAAUACUUCACACUAAUUUUUCCAGCCUAACCUUAUAUAAUGUUAUUAAUACUUCAGCCUCUUCCAAAGGUGUUUGUUUUUUUCUCAGGAAAUAAAAAACCAGCAGACCACAGUACAUGGUCAUACCCAUUAGAGAGGUUUUCCUUCCCUCUAUAUAUGAAGAUGUAGCACCCUCUAUUCAGUCCCAAUCUUUUACAACCUAAGCAGAAUUUUACAGCUUCCUCUCCACAAUCAGAAUCUGCAGUUUGUCAGGUAUGA